GAAUGGUAAACUAAUGAAUCGUGAGGUAGUCCAGUUGAUUACACCUGGUACACUCCUUGAACCAGAGGGAGACGCCGCUAACCACUUGAUGUCCAUAGUACCAGGACCAGAGGAAAACCUUGGCAUAGCUUGGCUAGAGCUCUCGACCUCAAAAUUUCAAGUGACAAUGAUAACUGAGGAUCAAUUGGAUGAACACAUUGAAAGGGUAUCCCCAUCGGAAGUACUGUUAUCUGAGAAGACGAAUCAGUUACUAAAAGGAGGAGAUAUGGGGACCACCCAACACAUUCCGUCAUCCGUAAAGGGGUUAAUUAGUUCGUUGGUUAUUAAAGAGUGUCAGAUUACGUCAAUUCCAGGGGAGUGGCUAAAAGAGACAGCCGAACCCUCAGAAACGUAUAAGAGCAUACUCACUUCACUCAGCAAAGAUGGCUACUCUUCCCUGGAGUCUCAAGCCAGCCUCUCAAUACUCAACUACAUCAGACACACCCAGCGCUCCCUCGUCCCAUUCCUCCGCCCUCCUCUCCACUACUCUCACACGAAUCAUGUGACCAUUGAUGCUCGCACUAGACGCUCACUUGAAUUAGUAACGCCGUUGUUAGCCAAUACAAGAGCACAGACUUUGUUAGGGUGCAUUGAUAAGACAGUCACUGCUGGAGGAAAGAGAUUAAUUAGAGAAAGACUAUCGGCACCGCUAACUAAUGUGAAUGACAUUAACAGGAGACUCAAUGUGGUGGAGUACUUUAAGAACAGACAGUGGGAGAGCGACUGGCUAGUCACAGCAUUGAAAUCAAUAUGUGAUCUUGAGAGGUUCAUUCAAAAGGUGGCAACUGGCAGAGCAAGUUUAGAAGACUUAUUUCUGAUAGGAAACACACUUAGUACAACACAUGACAUCAUCCAAUAUCUUAAGGAAGACUUAUCCAAAGAGUCCGACUUGCAAGAGGAGUUAAGAGGUUUACAAGAGUUUCCAAAGUUGACGAAGAAGCUUAACAGUGCAAUAUGCAAGAAAAAUUUUACGAUCAAAAAAGGUUAUUCCAUGGAGGCCGACCGUUUACAGAAACAGCUGAAAGAGAAUGAGACACAAGUUGAUCUGUUAGCUAACAACAUGAAGGAGCGAUUCAAUCUAUCUAAAUUAUUAGUCGUUCAACACAAGCAGUUUUAUAGGAUCCUCGAAACGACAAAGACUCAGGGAAAACACAUUGACAGGAGAAGCUUGAGAAGUGUGGAGGAAACACAAUCAGCUGAAAGAUUUAGUAAUCCAGAACUGGAGAAGUUGAAUUUAGAGCAUCUAAGACUAACGACAGAAUAUGGACUAAUAGAAACGAGAAUACAAUCAGAACUACUCGACAAAGUAAGAGAGAAUACUAGUGAUCUAUUGGAAGCAGCUCAGGGGCUAGCAUCCCUUGAUGUCUCGCUUAGUUUAGCAAAUGUGGCUAGGAACAAAAAUUAUUGUAAGCCUGUACUAACGAAUGAGGGUUCAGUCUUUAACAUUAUCAACGGCUAUCAUCCUGUCCUAUCAUCAGCAGUAAAGGCACAAGUGAUUCCUAACGAUUGUAAAAUGGAGGAGCAUAAGACUUGGAUCAUAACAGGCCCAAAUAUGGGAGGUAAGAGUACUUUCUUGAGGCAGAAUGCUCUCAUUGUGAUAUUAGCACAGAUGGGCUCUUUUGUGCCGGCCAAUUCAGCUGAGAUAAGUGUUACUGAUAAAGUCUUUGCUCGUGUCGGUGCUAGUGACAACCUUACCAAAGGACAGUCAACUUUCUACACUGAAAUGAUUGAGACGGCUCACAUACUAAGCACAGCAACUCCAGCAUCAUUUGUCAUACUAGAUGAGAUUGGACGUGGUACUGCAACUAGUGAAGGUGUGGCAAUAGCUCAAUCAGUUAUUGAAUACAUUCAUAAAGCAAUAGGCUGUCGGACAUUAUUAGCCACACACUUUCACGAAUUAACGGAAACCCUUUCAAACAGAUAUGAUGAGAUUGGCUCUUAUUACACUGUAGCUCAACCAUGGAGCAAUGGGGAGAUAAUCCUAACAUACAAGAUAGAGAUGGGAAGUACUGAUAGUUCUUAUGCACUACAGACUGCAAGACUAGCAGGGCUACCUGAACCAGUCUUAGAGAGAGCUCAAAACUUGAUGUCUGUAAGGAAAGAGGAGAUGGAGCCAGUGAAUAAAGAAUGAGACUCGAUUAAAAACUACUGACUAUAACAAUUUGCUAACUUUUAUCAUUAUAAUUCAAUUUAUCAACUCCCUAAUGCAUGACAUUCUCUCAUUUAUUGCUAUUAACAACAAUCCCCAUGACCUUUAUUUAGUAUGGGACUUACA